CCUGCGUCUCGUAUAUUAACUUCGUUCUUAUUAGAAUAGUCACGGAACAUGAACAUGGAAACAGAUAUGACUCAGAUAAAAUAAGAGGUUAAAAAAAAAUAUGGGAUGUGGGGCCGCAAAAAGCACAGCUGAUGUGGCUGCACCAGGAGAGGAACCCAUUUCAUGCAGUGUCACACAAAUCAAGGAUUUGGCGCCUCUAGAAGUAUCUGAUACAGGAGCUCAUCCACCAGAAAAGGAACGACGCAAACCUAUAAAACAACUAUUAACAUUACCAGGACUGAUACCAGAGCCUCCUGGUGCUGAAGUUGAUGAGAUGAGAAAAAGAGAGAGCCUUAUUAAAAUGCAUCCUCCUAAAAGACCACAGAGACUGGAAGCGGAUUUAGGAAUUCUUAAAGCUAAGUCAUCUGAGCCUGAAAUACAAGAAACAAUUCCUGAAGAAUAACUUGCAUUGGCCAAUGGAAUUCAGAUUUUAUUUAGGUUCUUCCUGGUGCCUGGUAACCCGCAGUUGAAAAGACAAUGAUAUAUAAACGAAGAUGAUUUUGUGGAGUUCUUUGUUCUUGGGUGUAUCUGCGAAUUAUUUUAUUGUUAAUACUUUUUUUGUAAAAAAAAUAUGUGUAUACUUAAUUUAUUCCUAAUCAUUUGCAGAGAAAUAAACACUCACUGUCAUAUUGUCA